AUGUUUUCUUCUGAUGAUUUUAUUUCUUAUUCUGCAAUUUCAUCUGGAUAUUUUCUUAGCAAUACACCUAUUAUUACUCAAAUUAUCUUUUCGAUUUCCACCAUCACAUUAAGUAGAAUUUUCGAACAUAUUCAUGAUAAAGUGGAAGGUUUGAACGCGGCUUUAAAUGAACUACAAGAGGUUGCAGAUCGAAUUGAGGCAGAAAACAAGAAAGGGAUUGAUAAUGUAAAAGAAGCGCUAGAGAAUCUAGUAAAAAAAGAAAGAGAAGUAGAUGAAUUUAAAAACGAAGAGAAAAAAGUAGCCGAAAUUAUGACAACGUUAGAUGACCAGGAAUCUGCCUCCGCGGCCUCUAUCUAA